AUGGCGAGGGCAUCAAUACUCCUUGAGCGUAUAGAGCCACCAUCUCGUGCCGACACACUUGAAGGCACACCGCCGUCGGGAAGCGUCUCGCCCCAGCUGGAAGAUGGCUGCAAUAUAGCGCUGCACCCUUCCAGACACGAGUUCUCCCUUCCGCCUAUGGACGGCGGUAAAGAUGCCUGGCUUUUCCUGGCUGCCGGCUUUGUUUUCGAGGCCCUCGUCUGGGGGUUCCCCUACUCCUUCGGUGUCUUCCAGGACUACUACACCACCACGCCGCCUUUUGCUGGCAGCCCCAACAUCGCUGUCAUCGGCACCUGCGCCAUGGGCCUCAUGUACCUGCUCAGCCCACUGACCCUCGGCAUCUGUCGCGUGUACGCCAGGCAGGCCCGCUACGCGCCCGUCGCGGGCAUGCUCAUCAUGUGCGCCGCCCUGGUGGCCUCGUCCUUCUGCACCACCGUCAACGGCCUCGUCGCCACCCAGGGUGUCCUGUACGCCGUCGGCGGCUCCGUCGCGUACUCCCCCUGCAUGCUGUACAUCGACGAGUGGUUCGCCGCCCGCAAGGGCCUCGCCUACGGCAUCAUGUGGGCCGGCACCGGGCUGGCCGGCGUCGUCCUGCCACUGCUCCUCGAGUCGCUCCUGGGGAGACUGGGAUACCAGACCACCCUGCGCCUGUGGAGCGGCAUCCUGUUCGCCUGCACGGCCCCGCUCGCCUGGUUCAUCAAGCCCCGUAUCCCCGUCAGCGCCAGCAGCGCGAGUCGUUCCCGGCCCUGGGAUCUGAGGUUCUGGGGCUUGAAGGCGUUCCUGUGCUAUCAGUUCUGCAACGUGGUGGAGGCGAUGGGGUUCUUUCUGCCGACCAUCUACUUGCCGACGUUUGCCCGCUCGGCCCUCAACGCCGGAGCCCUGACGUCCGCCUCGACCAUCCUGCUCGUCAACGUCGCCUCCGUGUUCGGGACCGUCGCCAUGGGCUGGCUGAUCGACCGCUUCCACGUCACCACGUGCAUCUGCAUAUCGACCGUCGGCUGCGUCUUGGGCGUCUUCUGCGUCUGGGGCCUGUCCACCUCCCUGGCGACGCUGUACGCCUUCUGUAUCCUGUAUGGCCUGUUUGCCGGCAGCUUUGUCGGGUCCUGGCCCGGCGUCAUGAAGGAGGUCGCCAGCAUUGGGGCCGAUGAGUACGGGUACAUCGAUCCUGCGAUGGUAUUUGGUUGGUUGGCGGCUGGGAGGGGCAUUGGAAAUGUCGUUUCCGGACCCCUGAGUGGGGUGUUACUGAGUAGUGGAAGUGGUUGGAAGGCCGGAGGUGGAUAUGGCAGUGGAUAUGGAGGCUUGAUUGUGUUCACUGGUGUCACGGCUCUGGUGGGUGGCACGAGCUGGAUUUGGAGGCGCGUUGGUUUCUUGUGA